AUGAAGUGCAUCGCAGCUGUAGUCAUGGUCGCUUUGGCCGUCACCGUCGAAGCUGGAGUCAUCCACGGUGCGGUUCCAUCGGUGUACGCAGCCGAAACCGUGGUCCAGCAGAACGUGGUGCCCCGGUACGUCACUGCUUACUCUGCCCCGGCCGUAACCUACGCCAGCCACGGUAUCGCUCCGGUCGCCGCUUACGCCGCCCAUGCUCAUGCUCCAGUUGCGUACGCUGCCCAUAGCACCGUCGUCGAGGCCCCGCUGGCUUACUCCGCUCCGAUUGCCUACGCUCACGACCAUCACAGCUACGUGCACGCCGUCCCAACUGUGUACGCUCCGGUCCACAAGGAGGCCUCCUACGUUGCUGCCACCCGAGGAGCCGUCCACCACGCUCCUCUGCCAGGACACGCCAUCAACCAGAAGUCGCUCAACGUUGAGCCCGCUCCCGGAACUCUGUAA